GUUAAAUUGGAUACCCGUCAGUCUUAUUUCUUGUUUGUGGCGGGUUUCCUCUGAAUUUGCGCCCAAUUUGCCAAUAUGAAAAUACAGAAAAUUGUGUAAAAUAAGUAUAAUUGUUACUGUGAUCAACUACAAAAUUAUGGAAGAGGAAAUUCAUGUUGUGGAUAGUGGAACUAUUCCAGCUGCUGAUUCUGGUUCUAUGGUUGUAGUGACUGAUGAACAUGGAAAACAUCAGAUAUUACACUUUACAAACAAUGAACAAAACAGUGCUGAAAUGCUGUUAGAAGACCUACCAGCACAGUUACAAGAAGAGUCAAUGACUGUUAUGCAACAAGAGACAAUUGAUGAUAUUGAUUACUGUGCACAUCAGCGGGCUGCCGAAGUUCUGCAGAGUAUGGGAGUGGGUGUAGCAGGGCAAAUUGAGGAAGAGAAUGCAGCCUCUAAUCAAGCUGUUGUCUACGUAGAAGGUGGUGAUCAUGAUAAUGAAAGACAAAUCACUAGUGAUGCUAUUGCUGCUGCUCUUCAGCAAGCUGGUGCCACAGGUAGUGGUGAUGAGCAGUCACAGGUUAUUGUUCUGGAGGGUGGAUCUGAUGGAAUGGUUGACAUGGCUGAUGUUGGAGAUGACUUUCAAGGAACUCUUAUUGUUAUCAUGCAGCAGGAUGAACAACAGGGUGAAGUGAUGGAUGCAGCAGACAAUCUACAAGUCCAUGAGGCCUCUGCAUUUAUGGAUCCAAAAGAAAAGCAAUUGGCAGAGCAGAAUGUUGCUUCUUUCCAUUCCACAGAAGUUUUCCAUGAGCUAGAUGAAAACUUUAAGGAGAACAUUGAAUGCAAAGAUGUAUCCCACGAACCAGUUUUAGAAAAACCACACCAUUGCAAGCAUUGUGAUAAAAAGUUUGCUUGGAAACGCUCAUUGAUAGUUCAUGAGCGGAUCCAUACUGGAAAAGAUAUGUUCUCAUGUGAUCAAUGCGGAAAAAGCUAUUCAAGUAAAGUUAGUCUCCAAUCACAUAUUGCUACUCAUACCAAACAAGAAGAUAAGCCAUUUAGCUGUGAUAUUUGUGGGAAGUAUUUCACCAAGAAAUGGGACUGGGAGACGCACAAGUGGCAGCACACUGGGCAGAAAAAAUAUAUUUGUGAACACUGCGGUAAGACAUAUGCAAGAAAUAGUGAUCUCCGAAGGCAUGUGCUGUCUCAUACUGGAAAUAAACCAUUUCAAUGCAGAUUUUGUGGCAAGCGUUUUAUCACCCGGUGGCAUUACAAUUACCAUGAACGCCGCCACACUGGUGUGAAACCUUAUCAAUGUCAGUUGUGUUGGAAAGAAUUCAUGCAGAAAUGUCAUCUAGAUCGGCAUGAAAUUACACAUGCUUCUGAGACAUACAACUGUCGAUAUUGUGGUCGAAAAUACAUGCACAAAGAUGAAUUAACACGCCACGAACGCACCCAUUUAAAACGUUCAAAAGAAACGGAUGUUAGCCCAUCUGAUUCUACUAUUGUUGCAAAUGUUGGGUCUGCCAAUGAUGAUGUAAGUGGAAAUGUUGACGCUGCCUUAGAAUAUCUAAUGGCAUUUGCUCAGGGGCAAGUUGGAGAGAAUGGGAACACAGAAAUUCAGGAAUCACCAGAUCAGAAGACUAAAGAACAACUGAAGUGUUUUGGAUGCAAACAAUACUUUGCAGAUCAUGAAGAACUUCAAAAUCACAAAAAAGAUCAACCUGACUGUUGUGUGGCUGUUACUUCAUCUGCAUGUUCUAUACACUGUAAAUAUUGUACGAGGGUUUUUAAGUAUAAGACAAGCUUCAUUAAACAUGUGACCUCUCAUGCUGCUUUCCAUUUUGAUGAUGAGUAUGAUGACUUGAAACUGGAGAUUGACGAACGAUCAAAACAAAUUCUGUCAAUGCAGAGUUCAAUUUUUGUUUGCGUCCAUUGUUGUCGUGCAUAUAGUGCAGAAGAAAAACUGUCAGAACACAAAGAAGUAUGCGCUGGAAAGCUAGAUAAGAACGAAGAUCAAAAAGAGAAUAUAGUGAAUGAUCAGUCUGCCAGUGAUACUUUAAAAAUACCACAAUCAGCUGAAAAAACAGAUGCUGAUUAUACUAAUGAUGCAGCAGCAGAUAAUGAUGUCUUGAACAGUAAACUAGAUGCUGGGGAAUUGAUUGGUCUUUCUGAUACAAAUGGAGAAUCACAAAACACUGAUAACCUUGAUUACAAUAACACCACUAACAAGAGCCAGCAAGGUCAAGUAAAGACAAUUCUUGCUUAUGAUGAAGGAAGGAAAGUUCAAAUUCCUAUUUCUAAUUUGAUCUAUGUUUGUAGAUUUUGCGAUUGUGAGUUCAAGUACAAAACAAGUUUUGAACGACAUGAGGAACAUCAUGAAGAAAAUAACACAAAUAUUGAAAAUCAAACUAAAAGUAAGCGUCCUUUUAUAUGUACACUCUGUGGAGUUGGCUUUCGAAGGCCAUUUCAUUUGAUGCGCCAUAUGGAAACACAUUCAAAGAAAACUACAUACAAACCGGCAAAAAAACUUAAGACUGUACAGUCUCCUAAAAUUAAUGCUGGCAAAGAUAUGAAAACGUGUGAAGAAAUACUAGAAAUAAGAGAUCUUGUUCGAAAUGAAAAUACAUUGAGUCUCUCUGAUGAACUUGAUGAUGAUUUAGCAAAGAUUAAAAAUGAAAGUUUAAAUGAAAAUACACAGACAGAGAAAGAACCUGAGAAUUUAAAUGUGACGAGUAAAAAAACUGGCAAGUUUAAUCAAAAUCCAAAACAAAUGUCUACAUUGGAUAUUUCACUCAAAAAAUCAAGUCCAAAUAAAAACAAAAUGGUGUAUGAAUUACCAACAACAACUACUACUAGAAGUCGAAGGUCGAUACGUUUACCAAAAAGAUUUCGAACAAGUGAUGAUGAAUCUACUCUUGAUGAGGAGGAAGAGGAAGUAAUUAAAGUUGAGGAAAAAAGUGAAAAAGCAAAGCAAUCAAUUACUGUAGCAUCACCGAAAAAGCGAGGUAGGCCUAAAAAGUUACAUAAAGAGAGCUAUGAAUGCGGAAAAUGCAAGAAAACAUUUCCUUUUCAGUCUUUACUUAGAUAUCACAACAAUGCAAAACAUAAAAAACUGGAAAUAGGUGACAAAAAUAAAGAUGUGGGUGACACUGCACUAAACAAUCAAACAAACUCUCAUGACUUCAACAAUUCUUAUUUUGAUAUGGAAACCUCACCAAAUGAUUUAGAAAAUGAAAAUGAAACCAUUUGUAAUGGAAGUCCAGUUGAUGAUAACAGUGCAUUAAUGAUUAACUACAAUGUAAAGACAAGGGCACAGUAUAAAGAAAAAUCCAUCCAUGAUGACCAACCUGUAGAUUGUGACGAAAUUAAAGAUUUGGUAAUUAAAACCAAAGAAAUCAGAGACGAAGUAUCAACUGAAAGUAGAAAUAAAGAAAAAGGGUCAUCUGAAAUUAAAACUAAAGGUAUACGCACCCGCUCAAAAGCAAAUGAUUUCUUAUGUGAUCAAUGUGGACGCAAAUUUGCCUCACAGGUUCAUGUUCUACGCCACCAGCAGUCUCACAUUCAAAAAAAUUGUAAACUAAUAAAUAAAAGUCCAAAUAAAAAACAGUAUAGUUGCGGUCAGUGCGACAAAGUAUUGAAGACAAGGGCACUGCUAAAGCGCCAUGAGCUUCUACACCAGGAUAAAAAAGGCUUCAGAUGCAUAACAUGUGACAAAACAUUCCGCCGUUCAGACGACCUGACACGUCAUAAUAAUUCAACGCAUUCCGGAAAAAAGCCAUACAGCUGCGAGAUUUGUGGAAAAACAUUUCCGUAUAAAUUCCCACUGAAGACACACAUGCAGUCCCACACCGGUGCCCGACCUUAUAUGUGCGAUGUUUGUGGAAAAAUGUUUGCAAAGAAAUAUGACAUGGAAGCACACCACAACAUGCACACCGGCAACACUCCACACGUGUGUAACAUUUGUAGCAAGAAGUAUGGUCGCAAGGCUGACCUCGAUAGGCAUAUGACGAAGCACACAGGGACACAACCUUUGAGUUGUAGCCUCUGUGAUCGAAAGUUUUCAACACGUUGGCAUUUAAAGUACCAUGAGCGAACACAUACAGGUGAAAAACCAUACACUUGUGACAUUUGCAAUAGAAAGUUUGCCCAGUUGCCACACCUGAAUAAGCAUAUGAUGCUACAUAAUAAGAAAAAAGAAGCAAGCACGAACAAUGCAACUUCCAUUGAAAAUGAUAAUGAUAAAGAAUUUGAUGGCAACACCCUUCUGAAGUCUGUUGUACGUGGUCUGCAACAAGUAAAUGAGAGUGCAGAAAGUUUAGGAGUACUACAGGACGACUCUCAACAAAUUAUUCAAGUACUGCAAGUGGAAAACAAUAAUCCUGAUGAAUUGCAAGUUUUCAAUCUUAUACUUCCCUAAUUGAAACUUUUGAGUGGUACGGGCAGAGUUAAAAUUUCUAUUUAAAAAUAUGUACAGUAGUAUGAUUAAUUACAACCUUAAUAGUAAGAUUUUCACUGGUCUGAGCUUGGUAAUGAAGAACAAGCAUUAGAAAGUGGGUCAACAAUUACAAGUUGUGCUAUUGCUCAAAUUACACAGUGUUGAAACAAUUGGGAGAUUUCUAUAAUGGACCGAUAUUAAAAGGCUCAAUCUGUAGUUAGAAAAUUAAUGCAAAUUAGCUAUUAUUAAUAGAAAACAUUUACACGUAAAAAAGAACGUUUCUUUUUUUGGCAUAACUUUUCUAUUGAUAAUUUAUUCUAAGCAUACUGUACUGUUAUUUGUAAAUUACUGUAUAUUCUCGCGUAUAAGGCGAGGCUUACAGUAAAAUAGCAAAUUAUGAUCGAAAAACUGGGGGUGGGGGAGGGUGGGUCAUCUUAUAAAAUAAUUUUCUUCUUAAGUGCGGGUUAUUCGUAACACGCGAAUUUUCUACUGAAAUGAAGCUACUGUACUGACUGUUAGUAUAUUAAUGAACGCAAUUAUAAUUAUAGGGAAAUAAGAUUAAAAUGAAUAUAUAAAGCCAAUAAAAUGGUAUUAUUUGGAAGAUAAGCCCUACUUUUGGGUUCGUUUUUAGCCAGCUAGAUGCAGUAUCUAGACAGUAAAAAGCAGCAAAAAGAUUGGAAAAAAAAAACAAACGUGAUCAUCAUUACGUCUGACAUACAAAAAUCGUCCAAAAAUCUCCUCAAACUCGAAGGUCGUCUUCUACGCGGAUCGCCUUAUAAACGCGAGAAUAUACGGUCCUAUUAUUACGUGAAAUCUACCAGUCUUUGAAUCUGCAAGGUUUAUAUUUCACUGAAAUUGCUCAAUUUACGAUUUAAAAGGAGAGUUGGGCCCACCAUAUCAAUUUGUUUGGGUUGUUUUGACCACAUAACAAAACAUUUUGAAUACUGCACACGUGUAAGAAAUGCAAAUAUGAACAGAUUGAGUGCGCUAGCACAGUGUUUAGACGAUUUCAUUAUCCGAAAACGAUCAAUCGUUAAUAGUGAACACUAUUAACAAUACAUUCUCAAUCUAUGCAUAAAACUGUAGAAAUUAGGUCCACUAUCGAGUAUAUUCAUUUAUAGAUGAAUUUUAACUCAUCUUUGAUACAUAUAUUUUCUUCAGUUCGGAAAAUGGAACAUGCCAAUUCCCUGGGCCGAAUUUCCACGGCGGCGUGUUUGAAAUUAAGUGAACCAAACAAAUUGAUAUGUUUUCAUUUCAGUGUUUUCUCAGUAGCUAGGCAAUAAGUUAAUUACCUCCACUUGUUUGCAAGACUCACCAACAUAUGUAGCCUAAUCAUAAUUAGGCUACUAUGACUACCAAGCCUACUACCGAAUGUCAAAUAACAAAUUAUGCCUUUUUUUCUCCAUUCUAUUUUCAAAUUUUUGUAAGUUUUUUUAUUUUUUUAUUUUUUUUUGCAGAUAAUUACUGUAUUAAAAAUAUUAAUUCUUCAUCUCUCCUUUAAACCAGAAAUACCCAUUCAAGUGAAUGAUGGGGUUGAUAACAAAUCUUGAAUAACAUCACUUGCCUGCAAUACAAUAGGCGUAAGGUUCAAUCACGGACCUAUUAAUAGGUCCAUGGUUCAAUGUACAUGUAAAAUGCAUGUUUACACUGAGCUGAAAGGCAUCAGAAAAGAGUUGCAGAAAACUUGAGAUUAAAAAUAAUUUUCUGGCCAAAUAGUGACUCCAGUGAGGGGCGGAAAGUAGGCCGAUCGAGAAAAUACCACCCUAGGGGGUCCGGGGGCAUGCAUCCACAAAAUGUUUGUUUUCUAGACGCCCAAAAAUAACCUCUGAGGCGUUUCAAUCAAUUUUUUCUUUUCCUUGUUUUGACUUUCCAAAAGGGGUGGCCGGCCGGCCCGCCCGCCCCCUCUAAAUCCGCCCCUGGCAGUCAUCCUCUGCCGAGCAUACAAACUUCAGAAACCUCAAACAUUACCUGCCUCUGUCAUGUGUUGUGUAUGGAUUUUACUGUGUUUAUAACUGUUGCACGCUCUGUGUAAAUAGGCUUUAAAGGUUCUUAAAAAACGUACCCCAAAAUAUGUGUAGCAGUAUUUUGGAUAAUGUUCUGUACAUCAUAAUUCAGAAGCUGCCUACGUCACCAGUUUAUAUUUUGCAAAUUUAUAUACUGUAUAUAUACACCUGUAUAUUUAUUGAUUUUUAGAAUAGUUAACUUUAAAAGAGAAUUGAGUAACAUGGUAUAAAGCAGCAAUUCUCAAUCGGUUUGUUGCCAAAUAAAUUGCAGGGUCGCGAGACUAUAGGAUAUUUUUUUUAAUUGAAAUUGAUACCAUGCUAAAUUUUCUGCAGUAAAGAGGGUGCAUUGUAAUUAUCAUUUAAAAAUUUUACUUCAGUUUGGUUUGCCAGUUAAUUAACCUAGUUUGAGUAUAUUGUUUUGUUUUGUUUUUUUUGGUUUUUUUUCCAUUUUAGGAAGUGUAUCACAGCAAAUUUCCUGCACAUUUUUUGGGUCAGCCACAAAGUUUGAAAACUGCUGUUAAAAGCAUACGAGAAUUAUAUGUUCGAGAUAAGUUUGCAUAUACCACCCACUUUCAACAUUUGUGUCUAUUGUAUAUAAUUAUUGCCAGCCAUAUCUCGGACACCCUAGUAAAUCCUUGCCGAGCCACGUGGCUCAUAUGGGCUGGAGCUUAUCCCCAGCUUCAAUAUGUCACCCCUAGAUGGCCAGAAAUGACUUUUCUGUCUGGUAAAAUCUGGAAAACCCUUUUUAACACAUUAAAUCGCUUAUAUUAAAGAUCAAAUAACUUAAAUAUGCUCUGAAGUAAUUAAUUAAAUAUAACUUCAGUGUUUCAAUACUGAGACAGCAUAUCUUUAAAUACAAUAGAGAUAGAACAAGUAAUUUUAAGAUCAUACAGUAGUAUGUUAUCCAUUUGUCCACUGAAUUUUCUGUAUUUGAUCAAACAUAUAAAACAUUUUAAAUUGUCAGUAUUGCCUUGGAAGAUUUUGUUUUAGUGAUUAAUUGCAACAUAAUACAAUAAAUGAAUAAUAAAAUGAAA